UUUGCUCGACGCAUGGUUAUCACAAAUUAUCAAAUAUAUUUAUACGUAUAUCAUUAUUUAUGUUGAGGCAUUUGUGAUUACUAAUAGAUUGCGAGAUAUAGAUUUUUCGAAUUUAAUGUGCGAGUGAAUUUCUGCCGGAAACUCGCGAAACAUGACGAGUGCCGUAAUAACAGAUGUACAGCAACCUGAUUAUCCUAAAUAUCAAAGACAGGGAGGACUGGAGUUGACGCCAGAGGAGAUAAACGCCUUACGUCAAUGCAUGAAAAACUCGAGUAUCCUCGCGCCAUCAAUCAUCUCUGCAGCCAUAGGAUAUGGGAUAUGUAAGAUAACUCCAUUUCGCGCAAAUGCCAAAUAUAUCGCCAUAGUCAGUGGUGUGGUAGGUCUGAUGACAGGUAGACUAAACGCUGCCAAAUCAUGUCUAACAAAAAUCGCUUCCAUGCCGAACAGUACUCUUCGAGAUAGAAUGAUGGAAUCGGGUUAUUUUGGAAAUGUUGCUCCUCAUAGAGAGGCAUUAUAUUAUCAAGGUUCUCAAUCAGAAGUUCAAAGUCCAGCAGGACCAUCUACAGAGAUAGUAUUCGAUGAUUACCCACAGAUGAAUUCAUACGAUACGUAUUCCAGUAUUAAUCCAGACAACAGUGAUUUCAACAUUUCCGAGGACACAGAUUUAUCCGAACCGAUAAAUAUACAAAAAGGAGCCAGUUACGAAGAAUUGAGGCAUCAAAAUAGAGAUGAAUUCUAUAAGAAACAUAAACAGUGGUAUACUCCCAAAACAAGAGAACUUCCAGUAACGAAAGAGACAAAUGAACAGGUUCCCACAACCAGCAGCCAGUCACCAAUGCAAGAGAAAACUAAAUACGGUGACGUGUGGGGUUGA